GUGUCAGUGCAGCAUGGGACCUCGAGUGAUUUUUGUGGCUGCGCUUUUAGCAUGUGGAACUGCCCAUUCUUAUGAUGGUGAACAUCGAAGGUUACGAGGACGAAGUGUACUAAAAGGCCUUCUUAAUGUUCUAGACCCUCUUCAUCUCGUCCACCCUGCGGGGUCUCACUCGUCCUCUCAGGCACAGAGCUCCAGCGGCAGUCUAGGAACAAACUUUGGCCCCUUCGGACUCACCAGUAGUUACUCUCAGUCCUCCGCCAGUAGUCAGUCUUCAGCGGGUGCGGGUGGCAGCAACAGUGGCUCCAGCGCCCAGAGUUCUGCUGGAAGCGGCGCCGGGAGCGGAUAUUCUGGUUCUAAAUCUCAAAGUUCCGCGAAUGCUGGUUCUGGAGGAUACGGAGGUGGCUAUGACUAUGGAUGUCCUGGAGGUUGCUCUCCCAACAGUGUCGGAUAUGAGGGUCCACCUAGGGACUACGCACCUCCUCCAAACAAACCUGAAUAUAUAGUUAUUAUCAAAGAAGUUCCUGCAAAAUCUGAUAAUUACCCACCUGCACAUUAUCAAACACCCUAUGGUGGACAUGACCAAAAGCCUCAUUUCAAUGGGUUAGGGCAAGGAGGGUAUUACCAAGGAAGUAACUCCCACUCUGAUGCUAGUAGUAGCGCGAACGCGGCGGCAGGAAGUGGGUCAACUGGGUACGGUGGCCAAAGAGGAUCUGGAAACAGCGGGGUGGUAGGGCUAUCUAAUAGCGGUUCGGGAUCAAGUAGUAAUGCAGGAAGUCAAUCAGGGUCGGGAGUAGGCAGUGGGUAUUUGAGUGGUGGCUAUCCAGGUGCAAACUCAGGGUCGUCUUCAAAUGCAAAUGCAGGGAGUGGGAGCAAUAGUGGUGGAUACUCAGGGGGGUCAUCUAACUACCCAGGAUCUUCGUCUGGAUCAGGUGCAAACUCACAAGCUGGCAGUUCCGCUGGAGCGGGAAGUGGAGGAUACGGUGGUGGCAGACCUGUAGGAACAUACGGACAGAAACCUCAAUCGUAUGGCUCUGGAUCAGGAUCAUCAGCUAAUAGUGGUGCUUCAGCUGGAAGCAGUGGGUCUGGUGGUGGAAACUAUGGACAAGGGGGUUACGCUUCAAAACCAGUUUACUCGCCACCACCGAAGCCGGCUCCAGUUUACUCUCCACCACCACCCAAGCAGGCACCAGUGUAUCAGCCACCACCAACUCAAUAUAGACCGUCUGGGGGAUAUUCAGGCUCAAACGCAGGAUCUGCAGCGUCAUCACAAGCUGGUAGUAGUGCCGGUAGUAAAGGUGACAGUUCUGGUUACUCUCCUGGUUACCAAGGGUCCGGAUCAAAUUCUGGAGCAGGAUCACAAGCUAGCAGCGGAGCAGGCAGUGGAGGACAAGGCAGCAACUCAGGCUACUCCCCAAAUCUAGCGAGCGGGUCCGGGGCGAACUCUGGAGCUGCUUCUCAAGCCAACAGUGGAGCAGGCAGUGGUGGUUAUGGAAGUGGUGACUCUUAUGAGUCAAAACCAUCUGGUGGAUAUUCAGGUUCAGGAGGAAACGCAGGAGCACAAGCUUCCUCCCAGUCUGGAGCAGGAGGUUCAGGAUAUGGAGGAAGUGGUGGAUAUGGUGGAUCGAAACCUUCUGGAGGAUACUCUGGAUCUGGAUCAAACGCAGGAUCUCAAGCUGGAGCAGGAGGUUCAGGAUAUGGAGGAAGUGGUGGAUAUGGUGGAUCGAAACCUUCUGGAGGAUACUCUGGAUCUGGAUCAAACGCAGGAUCUCAAGCUGGAGCAGGAAGUUCAGGAUAUGGAGGAAAUGGUGGAUAUGGUGGAUCAAAACCAGCUGGAGGUUUCUCUGGAUCAGGGUCUAGCUCAGGAUCCCAAGCUGGAGCAGGAAGUGGUGGAUAUGGAGGAUCCAAACCAGCAGGAGGAUAUUCUGGAUCAGGAUCCAAUGCAGGAUCACAAGCUAGCAGCGCAGCAAAUAGUGGAGCAGGAAGCGGAGGCUACAACAGCCAAAACCUCGAUGAAAGCAUAGCCAACGUCUUUGGUUCAGGAGGAAGCGGAAGUGGAUCAUCGAGCAAUUCUGGAGCAUCUAGUAACACUGGUUCUGGGUCAUAUGGAAGUGGAGGAUCCCAAUCUGGCAGUUCUUCUCAAAGUGGAUCCUCAGCAAAUUCCGGAUCUCAAGGUGGCUCUGGGUCAUACUCUGGGUCCAAGAGUUCGUCAUCUGCCUCUGCCGGAUCUGGAUCGUAUGGAGGCAGUGGAAGUUCAUCAUCGUCUCAAAGCGAAGCUUCUUCAGGUUCCUAUUCCGGAGGUGGUGGAGCUGGAAGUCACUCCGGAAGUCAGUCAUCAGCGUCUUCCGCUGCAGGAUCAGGUUCUGGCUCAGCCAACCGAGGGGGAUCUGGUACAUACAGUGGCAGUCAAGCCUCUUCCUCGUCAAGCUCAGGAUCUGAUUUGAUCUUCCCAGAUGAUUAACCUGAUUACUGAUUUGCUCAAACUGAAAACCUAGAGUAUUAUAAAUGAUUAAGUAAUAAAAUAGUAUUAUUUAUUUACA